UUUAUUUUUCGUUGAUCGUACGAUUUCCCCGAGCAUCGCGACAACCUAAAACAACUUACAACAUGUUAAUAUCUGGUUGGCAGUGUAAAGCAUAAAUAAAAUACACAAAUAUGCCAUGACGCACCCCCAACUCCUUCCCUUACCCGCCAGCUACUGUUGGUACUGGUAAAUGUGACAAAAUAUGGAAGGUCUGAGAUUCAAUUUUCAAAUGCAUUUAUUUUACUAAUUUUGCCACCUUCCUAAAAGUAUCGCCUGAACUACUAGAUCGACAUUUUCCUUGGGAUUCAGUUUACUUAAGGGUCGUCCAUUAAUCACGUGAUGUUUUUUAGCGACUUUUUAACCUCCUCCUACCCCUGGUGAUAUAUGGUAAGGUUUUAGACUACCCCUCCCCUCCCUACCCUACCUACUGUGUAUUUUUUUUGGUACGAAGUAUAUUGAUAUUUUUAGAAUAGUCUACAGGUAUAAGUACUUAAUCUGAUUAAAUUUUGGAAAAUUAAGCAUCGACAUAAAAAUGUGGAAUGUAUCCGUCUCAUGAUCGGAAUGAUUAUGCCGGCCAAAAUUAUACCUACUUUUACUCCGGGAAAGGUUCUAGUGUCUUAAAUAUGUGUACCUAAGUACUUAAUUAAUAAAAAAUAAAAUCUUUACAUGGGUCUUUAUAACAAUUGUUUAGAUAGGCAAUUCUAUUUGAGUAGGUACCUUCCUACUUAUCUACAAAAAUCAAGAACACAGGCCUGGUUAAUCUGGAUAGUGCAGUUGCGAAUUUUAGUUUUACAAUUAAAUUUCUUUACAAUUUUAUUUAAAUUAAAUUGUUUCUAUUAUAGGUACCUCUUUAUUGUUUUUACUAUAGGUACCUCUGUGGACUAUAAAGAUAGAUUCAUGUUCUUUAUCGGUUUGCGUUCCAUAGUCUGGCAAUGCAGUUACACUUUAUAUCUUUAAAUCUAUGAUGAUAUAUAUUUAUAUGCGAAGUUAAUAAACAGCUUUAAGCUAAACUAUUGUCAUCUAGGUUUAAGUACCUUAGAGUUAAGUAUCUAUUUGAUAGGUUUUACGAUAGUGAACAGGCUUUGCGGUGACGCCUGAAAACUAUUUGUGGUGAUUAGCUGUUGCCCAGCGACCACCCAAAGCAAGGGCUGUAUUUACGCCGUUGCCUUUCCACGUGAACUCAUUAGGACGUGAACGGAGUACACCAGCACACGUAUUAUUAAAAACACAUUAAUCGCAUUUCCUUCGUCGUUCCUGUGGUACAAAUUUUCAGCAGGUGCAUUACUUCUUGUCAGUAUUGUAGUCGAGGUUGGACUAAGCAAAGUGAUGCCAUGACUCAAAGCAGUGUAGUUCCACCUGAUAAGCAUCAUGCAGGCGUGCCUACUGUUACAGAGGAAAAGUUAAUGGUGGCGGUGCGAGUGCGUCCGCUCCGAACAGAUGAAGGGCCUCGCAUCAUCCAUGUGGUCAGCGACAAGAUGCUAGUUUUGGAGGAAGAAGCAGACAACAAGCGCGAUGUUCUUCGCCAGAGACGUAUCAAUGACAAGAACUAUAUUUACGAUCGCGUGUUCGGUGAAGAAAGCACACAAGAGGAAGUGUACGAUACAGUAUGCGCUCCGCUUGUGGGAGACACAUUGAAAGGGUUUGCGGGAGCCGUGUUCGCGUACGGCGCUACCGGCGCUGGCAAGACACAUACUAUGACCGGCCUCAUGACCCGAGCUCUUAACCAUCUCUUCACCAGCAUUGCUGAAAGCGAGGGACCUAGCGCCUAUGAGGUGAAAAUGUCAUACAUCGAGAUAUAUAACGAAAACAUCCGUGAUUUGCUCAAUCCGAGUGCAGGACCUUUGGAACUUCGAGAUGAAGGGAGUAGCGGGGCGCCCGUGGUGGCAGGAUUGAGUGAAGUGUGCGCUAAGAGUGCGGGCCACGUGGCCGAGUUGCUGGCCCGUGGAGACAGGGCACGCAUCGCCGAACCGACGCAGGCCAAUCAACAUUCAUCGAGAGGUCAUGCGUUACUGAG